CACCAAUUAAUACAUUCAAGAAAAAAUAAGUUCAAUCCUUAACUUGUGGGUGUAGAGAGGAAAAGUGAGGAAAGUAAAAAAUAAAAGAGAUUAUUAGUUGAAGGAAGGUGUUCUUUUGGUGGAGCUUUGGACUCAACAUCUUGUCCAGAGUUCGUUGAGUUAUACGACGUGUUCGGGCUGUUGUAUCCUGGAGGGGACAAGUUAGAAAGAUUACUGUUGGACCGGUAAAUUUGCUGCAGUGGGCUUGAAUAUCCUUAAAGAGAGCGAGAUAUCCGCGCCUCAGCCGAAUAAAUUUUAUUUCUUCAUUUUUAUUUUUCAAUUGUAAUUGUAAUUUCACUGCAAGAUAACCAACAAUUUUUAAGGAGAUUCAAAUGGCUACAAUUGAAAAAUCGGCGGAUGUCAAAGUAGGAGAUCUUAACAAGCCAUUUCGGUUCAACGGUACUCACUUUAAGAGAUGGAAGGGUAAAAUACUCUUCUACUUAAGUCUUCUCAAUGUUUCUUAUGUGUUAAAUGAGAAGAAUCCAAAUAAAAUAGACAACUCUUCCAUGAAUGAUGAGGAACUUAUUUCUCUUCAAGAAAAAACUGAAAAAUAUGAUGAAGAUUCAUACAAGUGUCGGUAUUAUUUACUUAAUUGUCUAUCCGAUAAUUUUUAUGAUUAUUAUGAUAGAACUUACUCUACUGCAAAGAAAAUUUGGAAAGCGUUGCAGAGUAAAUAUGAUACCGAGGAGGCUGGAGCGAAAAAAUAUGCUGCUAGUAGAUUUUUUCGUUUCCAAAUGGUGGACAACAAAUCAGUGGUAGACCAAGCCCAAGAUUUUAUAAUGAUCGUUGGAGAGCUCAGGUCCGAGGAAAUAAAAAUUGGAGAUAACCUUAUUGUUUGUGGCAUAAUAGAUAAACUUCCACCUUCAUCGAAAGAAUUUCAAAAAACCAUGCGCCACAAACAAAAGGAAACCUCUCUUGAGACGUUGAUAAUGCGAAUCCGCAUGGAGGAAGAAGCAAGGGGCCAAGAUGCACUUUUACAACGGAAGAGAGCAACUUACAACCCGUCACAAAUAAGAUCCACUAACCAAGGCCUUGGCAAGAGAAAAGGUCUGGAGCACAUCGAGGGGGAUGGGAUUGAAGCCUAUAAAUUCAUGAGUCGUAUAUGAGGAAACCCAACCUGGGGACUAGAGAUCCUAUAACCAGGUUCAAUGGGAAAAACGAAUCAUAUGAUGACUUGUUGAGAAAAAUGCACUAUUUUAUUUAUUCCCUCCCUAUGGUGUAAGUGCAUUAUUCUGUAACAAUUUGUGGAGGUUGAGUUUAUAAACUCUUAAUGAAACUCUGUAGCUCGUAUGAGUGGGGUGUUAAGUUACAGAAGCACUCUUGACAGAUUUCACCUAUGUGAGUGUGGAAGUAGGCCGUUUCCUAUGAGAAUUGGGCUCGUUCUCAAAAGCACUCAUGAAAACCGGGAUAGCACAAGGCCGUAAUGUGCUGGCUAUUAAAGCUCAUGUCAACACCUUGAUUAUUAUGUGUAAGCGGUAAUUCUUUAUUUCCCUAAAGUAGUCAUAGUUCAAGUCUGAGACCACUACGGCUCUGGAGUAAAGAUUAUUGUUUUACUAAGUGGAGGUUCAAUGCAGAGCACACCUUCAUUAUGCAUAUUAAUCUACCUUCAACUGAUAAACUCUCUUAUGUAAAUAUUAAAAUGAGUGGGGGAUUGUUAGAUUUUGAGCAUUUUAAUAUUGCAAAUAUCUUUCACAUUUUGUCCAAAUUCGUCACAUGUUUUGUGCCUUGCCAUGCAAUUUUAUUUUCAUUUGGGUAGCCACAAAAGUUGACCAUAUCUUUCACAUUUUUUGUGGAAAAAAAUGUGAAGACCAUGAUAGCCACCAUA